AGGCGUCCCCUCGGGCAGACAUUUUGCAUUCAGAACAGCUCGAGCCCAACAACUGGCUUGUUCUUCUAUGCUGCUCCUUUGCUGUGCGUAGUUGUCGGCGCCUGUGUUGGCCUUGUCGAAAAGGCGUCAUCUCUCUGUGUGUGUGCGUGUGUGUGUACUAUUUCGUCGUGAAUCGAAACGGGGGUGGGGUUUGAAAAAAAAAUUUCGUGCUGCCCGUGCGUGAGAAGAGACGCCCCUGAAGAAGAGAAGACCCGUAAAUUCCCGUGCUUGGCCGUCCCAACCACGGCCCCUCCAGGGACUCGUGGGUGAUAAAAAACAUCUUUCGGACACACGAGAGACAAAAAAGAAAGAUAACGGAGCCGAAAAAGAGACGCUAAACGUCGCCGUUUUGGUGAUUCAAACGGCGCCUCGUAGGCGCCGCUCCGCUGUGGGUGAACUGCUGGUGCACCACCUUCGUCGCUGAUGCUAGUGUGACGUCCGUGAAAGACCCCCCCUCCAUCAAACGACGGAAAAAUACAAGAGAGGAACACCAUGGCCGAACGAGGGGACGAGCUGGACUCGUGGAUUACUAACUGGGAGCGACAGUGUAUCGAGGAAGUCGAAAGGGCGCCCGAUCUGGAGAGUCAGAUACAGAACGAACGCGACACUUCGUCGCAGAAGCUGUGGCUGCUGUUUCAAAAUUCCGCCACCUGCGUAGCUCAGCUGUACAAAGAUCGCCAGCACGGAGUUUCACUUUGGGUACCCUUCCAGAAUGCGGCGUCUAGCGUCACCAAUCUCUACAAAGAGUGCCUGGAGGCGCAGCGGCGGGUUAGCGAGCUGGGCUUCCAGUCGGGCUACCAGCGCCGCACCAAGGACCUGCUGGCGUGGGCCAAGAAGCGUAAGCGCCACAUUCGGCGCGAGGACCUGCUCGCCUUUCUGUGUGGCAAGGCGCCCCACCACCACCACCACUACCAUGGCUGGGCCUCGCCCCGGCCCCGUCUCUCCCUCGAGCCCCGGGUGGCGGCCACUGCGCCGCAUUCGUCGAGGCUGAGCCCCGCUGCUGCCGGUGAGCGCUCGGCCGUCGUGGGGUCCGGGGAGCCUGACGACGUGGACCUGGACACGUUCCGCGAGGCGCUGGCCAUCUCAUCGGCUCUGGGCUCGGGACGAGGCCACAGCACAGGCAGCGUGUCGCCGCCCGGGUUCCGCACCGCGGCCAGCCUGAGCAGCUUCAUCGCCGAGGAGUUCGCGCGCCACGUCGAGUCGCGCAAGCGGACUGCCCCGGGGAGCGCGAGCCCGGGAGAUGUCGUGAUGGACUCGCCAACGCACAAACGGCCGCGCCUCAUCUGAGUUUUCCAACCCCACCCCCUUCAACGUUGCGCCAAAAGAAAACAACACCAAGUCCCUCGCUGUGCGCGCCGUCGCGGCUUUUCUUCUACCCCACCCACCUCCGCUGCUUCGAUGAAGUCCCGCAGAGUCAUAAACCAGCUGCCAAAAAAUUAUAAAACGAGGAACGAAAAAUGAGAAAGCACCUGCCUUUUCUACGAAGGAAGAUCUCGAGAACACCUGUCGUUUCGAAACAGUGUGCAGUUGCAACAAGCCCGGUUGUGGACGGACGUAAGGAUGUGUUGGUGGUGUGUCAACGGCGAGGCCAAAAGCGCAAAGCUCGGAAGUUUACAAAGAAUCUUGCGGAUGCCGCGUUUGAACGCUGUGCGGGGGGAGAUGACUGUCAGAACCGAGGAUUAUGGACUUCGACUUCGUUGCCGGCCGCUUUGGCGUGGACUGCGGCAGCCGCGGAAGAGCACAGGCGCAUGGGCAGGAGCCUGCGUGUCUCAUCACCCGCCAAAGCCUGCGUUGUUUCAUCUAGGCGAACACUUGGCAGGCCGACCGUGGCCAGUCUCGGCCGUCAAGCCCUGCAGCCUACGACCACUUGCCACACGUCCACGCCGCAAGCUCCGAGCUUCGUUUUUGCUUCUCUGCACCCCACUUUCAGCGGGGCACGCAUUGCCAGGCCAACGUCCUUGGCUGUGCGCGCAAUGUUAAGCGAUCUUGCCGGUGACAUCUGGAAUCGUAUGCUGGGUGCGGGAUGUCCCGACGUCGGCCUGCGUGGAUUCUUGUUGAAGCUGUAGCGUGAAGAAGUGUGUGGCGGCGAUGUCCGCGACCGGGUUUCUUUUUUUCUGGAGCCGCAUAUGAGGUGUGCUCCUUGGUGCGAGAUUUGAAGAAAGAUGAAAUGUGGGGCAGUGUGACGAGAGUUUCUAUUUUUCUGCCAUUGCUGCCGCCAGACCACUGAUUUCUUUUUUUCUCUCUUUUGAUAGAUGGUUGCAUUUGCGUUGUAGGUACGACGGUAGAAGCAACAUGUCGAGGAAUCUGUUCUGCGCUGCCCAGUUGUGCUCGUGCGCGGUAGACUGGAACUCUGCGAGGCGCAGGAGUGUAUUAUAACGAUAGAAAGAGUGCGGGCAAAAAGGAAAGAGUGCAAAAAAUACAACGCCUGUGCUGCCUUUUCGAAUCAUCACCACAGAAAAAAACUACAAAAAAAAAACGCAGGCACUUUACGAAAGCCCACCGCUUACCGCACCUGUGUCGGAACGGAGCAGCGUUAGAUGUUAUGCAAAAAAAGUGUGUAGUUUCCUCGUAUUAUUAUUAUUAUUGGUCUUUUCGCAGAUAUCGAUUUUUGUCUAAGUGUCCAAAUAUAUUGUACCCAACUCGAGUGCUUAGUUUCAAACAAAAGUCUCAGUGUAGCCGCACCUUCGCAGUAAAAAAAAAUGCCAUCGAAGCGUGUCACGUUGCAAUUGCGUGUGACUGUUUUUACGAAGUUGGUGAUAACGACCGAGCCACUGCGCACGGUGUCGUUCAACUGAUUGAGGCAAUAAGAAGACUGUCGCAGAUAGGUCCCGUACCGUAAUCCAGUUUGGGCUCUGUUGAAACACCUUUUGUCAUUGAGUACAUUGUUAUUUUUGUUUUUUGUUUGCUUUCAUGAGUGCAGAGUAUAUAUUUCCGUUUUUUGACAUUUUUGCCCAUUUUAUGUAGGAACCAAGGAAAGAAAUAGGAAACAAAAAAACUUUUGUUGCGUCGUCCUGAGGUUUCGAUUUCGUCGUGUCUAAGCUCGGAGCCAUCGCUUUUUUGAUGGCUGGAGCUGACGCACUUUCGUUGCAAAUGUAUCACUUUGCGAGUCUUGUCAGCAAACAAACAAACAAAAAAAAUAUGAGUCUGACUGAAUGUGCUGAAGGAUUGGUUGUAAAAAAAUCCCGCCCGGAAUCGCAAUGUAAGAGCAGGCUGCGAGCGAUCGAGUGCGCAGCAUUGAUGACAGUCGUUACCGUUCAGGGUUGAGAAGGUCUUUCCGGAAUACCCAAUCAUCAUUUAGAUUGCCUCGGUGUUUUUUUUUUUUUUUUUUUUUUUUUGACGACCCUGUUCAGGCAUCAUAACCGGCAAUUUGUCAUGCCAUCAGGAGGGAGGUUUUGGGGCUUUGUUGCCCACGCCGCAGUCGUUGAAGUUGCGGUAUAUGCAAGUCACGAUUUGCCACAGUUUUUUUUCUUUGCUCGGCUUGUGCCCUAGCAUUGUACAGGUUAUUGCCCCACUUAUUACUACGAUUGCAUUUUUUUUCUCCUUGUUUCAAAUAUAUAGUUGUGUGCAUUUGUGAGAAUCUGAUUCUUUUAGGUUUGUUGUUGCGAAGGAGAUAGUUUGUUGGUCGGCGAAGUGUGUGUUGUUGCGGCAACGGGACGCCGUCAGAGUGGCUGGCUAUGGAUUCGUCUUCGGUCAAUGGCUGGGGCUAUCUAGCAUCAUGCUAACUUGGGGUAAAAUGCUUGGAAUUAUCGGAAGAUGUUAUGAAAACUAAAGGAAGUUUUGAGGCACCUUUCGCGUAAUAGACCAUAACGGGGAAAAGAAUGAAGUGAAGUUAACACUUUAAAAAACGUCUCUUUGUUAAUUAAAUGUAAGACAACGUGGAGAUGCUAGCCAAGAGCUACCGAUCGAGGCUGCGAUAUAAUUUUUUUUUUUGACGAAAACGCAGCAUGGUGUAGUGACAAGGCGUAUUUAAACAAGAACGGCCUCUCAACAUUUGCCACUAUUUCUCUCGGUAAAGUUGCAUUGUAGUUAGGUACUAAAUGUUACACCAACAAGAGUGCCUAAUGUGCAUAAUUAUAUCAGUUAAACUGCCCCUCGGCUUUUUCGAUCCGAAAUUUUUGAACUGGCAUGCCACAUUGCGCUAGACACAGCUCAACACCAUAGUUGACCGCAAUACUGGCUAGUUUUGUCGGGAAUACGUCAGACGUAUGUAGUCUACUGUGGUGAAGCCGUACGGGAAAUCGUACGAUGGAAACAAACUAGCAGCAGCGUCUUUUCUAUGCAACAGAGCAAAACUGCUCGCCACAUUUUGGAAAUCUCAACAACCACAUUGCUAAUGACUCCAUAGCUUGUUUUAUGCAGCACAAAAAGUGACGCUGUGCAGGCGGCAUCACUGGCAAGCCUCACCGGUGCACCGAAAGUAUGCUGCAGGAGGUUUAGUGGCCCCAUUCACAGACUUGGAAUAAAAUGACGUCCCAUAGCCGGCUGGUGUUGAUGGCUUCUCGUGGCUGACGAACAAAUAGGGUUUGAGAUGUAUGGGUUGCCAGCUGCGACAACGUCGGCACGGGUUGUGUUAGGGCUUGCAGGAGCUGAGCCAAGUGUUUUAAGAAAAAUUUGAUCAUGUUAGCGAAAGCUUUCAUUUGUUAUGUAACAGAGAGGGCAAUCUUGGCGUCUCGAGCACCUUCUUUGUGUGUGCUGAAUGUCGCAUGCAAGUUUGAAGCGAAGCACGUGAUUAGCAGACAGCGCAUAUUGUCGAAGACGCCGACCGACAAGUCGCGAGGCGAUCGCGUUGAAAACGUGCGUUUGAGGCGAUGCGAGGGAUUGUCGAUAUGUCUGUCGUAUGAAACCUGCACCAUAACAAGGUAUUCUAGCUGGAGGCAAAGGCAUCGUUCGUACAUUGCCAAAGCAAAGCAACCUUUCUUCUAUGUCGGCCAGCUUGAACGCACGUGUUUUGUCUUAGCCUGAACGUGCCCUGCAUGGCACUCUUACCGCUGGUGCACUAAAGCCAGCAGAUGUGAUUUUAAAAUAAAGAUGUCAGAGAUAGGUUCUGCACGGUUGGCACAAGCCAGGCACACCUCGGUGACUUUGAAUGUGGCUUCAUCAGUUCUAGAGAUGGAUUAGUACCCGCAGGUUAGUGAAUGGAUUUGUUUGAAGGCACGUUCUUGCCACAUUUUACGUGGCGCUGAGAAUUUCUUGCACGUUGGUGGUUCGUUAAAAGAGAGAUCCUGUGCAACGACUGGGGAAAAUACGGAGAUGCGGUACGUUUGAGAAACGCGGCACUCCUCGAUACUUGCUACUUUGAACUGUGGCCCAAUUGGCGAAAAAAAUCUCGCGCACCUGGCAUCUUUCGAAAACAUAGUUUUCUGCCAUGCAGCUGAAAGAUGACAAGGUGUUCUGGCUGUCGGCAAAGGCAUCAUUCGUACAUUUGCCAAAGCAACCUUUCUCCUAUGUCGGCCAGCUUGAACGCGCGUGUUUUGUUCUUCCGUUCCGAGAAACCUGCAAUCUCUGUAGUCUGUCCUGUCCUUUCUAUUUUGUGUGCUUGCUGAUCGAAGCUCCGAAAGCCCUGCAUAGUCUCGAUGCUUCAUCACCGCAACUGGCAACCCGGUGUUGCUAAACGAUUGUGUCUGUUUUGUGUUCCCAUCUCUGCACCUUUCUGUUUGUUGGGCUGCCAAAGAGAUGCGGUUAUGCGCAGAGUUCUUGUUAUGUUUGAAAGUAAGCGCCCUCGUUCUUUUUCUUGUGUACGGGUCUUUUGUGUAUUUGUACCACACUGUCAUUCGGUUCGGCACCGUUAAAACGCGAGCUUUGAUGCUGCUUUCUUCGUAGCUGACGGUCAUUGAGCGGUCAGUAGGCAAGGCUUUGCUCUUAGUAGCUGCACCUGGUGCAAUGCUGGUAGUCAGCGGAUGAUUGCCACCUAAGCAGGGCUUUGACAUUUAUAGGUGCGUGUCUUGACACUUGGCAAAUAGUGAGGAAGGGUUUACCACUGUAAAAGUGCGUCAAUGAUCAGUAAGCAGUUGGCAAGCAAGACCCUGCCACUGAAAAUGCUGCAUCUCGCAACACUACUAGCAAUUCACGACGUCGGGCAUACAGGGGACGAUAAGAGAAGCUCGUCUUAGCAAUGUUGUUGGCGAGUGAUUGGCAAAGAGUUGGCAGCAAAGAUUGCCACAAGGAAUGACGAGUUGCAACACUAAGUCACCAAACUUUGGCAAGCGGUCGAUGAGCAAGAUUUUGCCGUUGAUAAUUGCGCCCGUUUGCGAUACUAGUAGUUGGCAGACCAUUGGUGAGCAGUUAGAAAGGGAGGCUCCACACAGUUGGAAAAUGUCACAAAACUUGGCGAAUUGUUGGUGAGCACUCGUAAGUCACAUUACGGAAUUCAUUUACGCAUAACAGCACUGGUUAUCAGCACAGCAAUAGCAGGCAGCUGGUAAGCAAGGCUUUGCCACUAGUAGCAAUGUACUUCUCUACACUAGUCGCCAGUGAGUGAUUGCCAAGCACUCGUGAAGCAAGGCUUUACCAGUUGUAAUUGAGUUGUGGUGCCAGCAGUUGGCAAAUGAUUGGCAAGCGACCAGUAAAGGAGUCGCUGCUGCUGAUAAUCACGCGUCACAUCAGUAUUCUGCGAAUGACUGGCAGUAUAUUAGUAAGCUACACGUUUCAUUAGAACAGCAGAUUGUAUGGAGAGUGAGGAUUAUUGAUCUGAAAAUAGGUGUAGGAAAUAUGGGACAUUUAAAAAGCAAGAUUGACGAGCAAGUCAUGAAUCGAGACUGCAGCUCUUUCAUUUGUGCAUCCACAGAGAGGCGACCAAAAUGUAUAGAAUUCACAGUUGCUAUCACUGUCGCAAAUGCUGUGCUUAAAAUUGCAGUUCUGCAUUGCCGAUACUUUGAAAUUUAACUCUAAAUAGCAUUUCGUACGUUUGCUUUCCAUGACAAGGUCUGUCCGUUUUCGGUACAUCAACAUGCCCUUUCACAUUUUUGCCAAGCUUCACCCUAAAUUUAACCACCGUCUUGAAUCUGGUUUUCCACAAGUGCAACAGUAAUAUCUCGAGGUGAUCCCCAGGACUAUUCUGAGGCUUGACGUUUGGUUGUCUUUACUGUAAACGAGAUUUGGCACAUUGAACAGUCCCGAAAGCCUGAAUUUAAACUUGAGAUUUGUAACAACACAAGCGUUAUCCUUACUGUGCACGAAGACGAAAACUGAUGUUUUCAACUAUUGGGAACACAACGCAAUUUAUUCUACCUUUCAUUGUACCGUGGAAGUGUUUGCAAGGGCAUUUCCUGUCGUUAUUGUCAGUGUUGCAGCUUUCUGGUCUGAUGCCCCGCCCUAACAGGUUCUCGUAACUUCGUUUCUGGGUCUGGAGUCCGGUUUGAUCAGACCAAACGAACGGGUGUUGCCUUGCCACUUUAGCGCAAAACGGCUUUGGAAGAAUGCACAUUUCCUGCGGGAACUAAAAGAAAUCUUGUAAUAUACGAAAAAACGUACGCUGUACAAACUGGAAAUGCGAGGAACUGUUUCGAUGAGAAUGCGAACGGUCACGGUUGCGCAUGCGCGUCGACGGUGUUCCGCAAAAGCAGUGCCGCGAAGUACGACGUUUCAGCCUCGAAACAGACAAGGUGCCUGUAACCACACGCUCGCGAAGCAGUUAGAAAUAAAACUUGUAAUCCAGGCUUCGCUGCAGUCCCACCGCCGAGGACGAUGUGCUCAAUUUGACAUGUUCGACGUGCUGCCGAUACAUUCGUUAGUCGUCGUUUUCUUUCUUUUAGUCGAAGCCUCCCCCAUCUCCUCUUGCCAAGACACUAUAUGCACUAUUUCUCGAUGCAACUUUUUCACAAGCCCCGUUCCCCCCAACCCCAUCUCUUGUUGGAAUUAUUGUAUAUUUCGUAGUGUCUCAGCCGGACAACUUUGUUUUAUUCUCGGCUGACUUCGAUAUGUUCUUGUUUGUUUUUGUUCCCCCCCCCCCCCCAUACACACACACUUUGACAGCUGUGUACAGGCCGAUGUUAUGAUGUCACGCUUCUGUACAAAUACACGAGUGCUUGUCGGAGCAAA